UAAUGAUAUCAUAACAACUCCACAAAUAACAAAUCUAAUUUUAACAAUAAUAAAUAACUCCAACAAUGCAUUUGAAAGGAAUCUUAUAGGAAUUACCAAAAGAAACUCUAUUCUAAAAAUACAUGAAAAGUAGACUCAAUAAGAAAUAGAAUCGUAAUCUAAAUAAAUCACCAGAGUUAUUACCUUUAUAGCCUAAAAAUAUUAUUAAUCAAACUACUUAUGUCAUUAAGAAUAAAUAAUGUUCACUUAAAAAUAAAGUUAAGAAAUAUCUGACUGAAGUAGAUAGUAUUAGUACAACAAAGGUAGUCUAAAGAAAAAAUCCAUUUAUCAAAAAAAAAAAGAGUGAAAAUUGGAAUGAUCUUGAUGGCUGGAAUGUAAUUGAUGAAACCUUUUAUUAAUGA